AUGCCUUCCACAAUGCCUCAUUCGGAGAACGACGGGCCGCUGGUCAAGCGCCAGAAGCUCACUGUCGUUUCCAAGUCUGCGACUGCCACGCGCCAGUCCUCCCGCAUCUUCGCACCCUUCCGAACUGUUGGUCUCGUCUCCCCCACGAACGUUCCUUUCACAUCAAUCCCCCUUGGAAAGACGACGUUCCAGAUUACGACUUCUGUUGGAAGAGCUCUGCAAACCUACGAUCUGAAGCGGGGCCUCAACCUCGUCUUCGUCACCCGUCCCCAGACGCCCGCCGACAUCACCGCGACGCUCGCGUGGAAAGAGAAGGUUUUCGCAGCAUGGGGCGACGCAAGGAAGGGCGAGAGGCAGGGUAUCUGGGCUUUCAAGCGCGGAAAGAAGGUCGAGGAGCUCGAGAUCCCCGGAGACCUCGACGAGCCCAUCCAGCAGAUCCUGAUCUUCGGGUCGUGGAUCGUAGGAUGCGCCGUGACGAGACUCGAAGUAUGGAAGUCGGCCACCCUGGAGCACUACACCACGCUUCACACCAUGGCUGGCAAGAAGGGCGCCAAUGAGAUUACCGGCGGUGUCACGAACAUGCCCACCUACCUCAACAAGAUCUGCGUCGGUCGCAAGGACGGCUGGGUCGAAAUCUGGAACGUCAGCACCGGCAAGCUCAUCUACACCAUUCUCCCGCCGACCCCCGACUGUGGCGCUGUCACAUGCAUGCAGCCUACUACUGCGCUCUCUCUGCUGGCCAUCGCCUACGCCAACGGCACCCUGGUCAUCCAGAACAUCCUGACCGACAAGCCAAUCGUGCUGCUGAAGGCUGGCCACGACGAUGAGCCCGUCACGUCCAUCUCUUUCAGAUCCGACGGGAUGGGGGCCGGUCAUGACGGCCGGAAAGACGGUGUCAUGGCGACCGCCACCGCUGCAACUGGAGACGUUACAUUCUGGGACCUCAACAACGGAGGCAGGGUCAUGGGUGUUCUGCGCAGUGCGCACAACCCUCCAUCCGGAAACGGCCCUCUGGUGCGGGGUGGUAUCAGCAAGAUCGAGUUCUUGUCGGGCCAACCCGUCGUUGUCACCAGCGGACGCGACAACUCGUUGAAGACGUGGAUCUUUGACGAGAGUCCCUUCUCGGCGAUCCCGCGUAUCCUGCACCAGCGCAGCGGACACGCCGCCCCCGUCAAGUGCCUGCAGUUCCUGCCCUCCGACUUCGAAGGUGCCGAUGCGGGUAACAAGUGGCUGCUCAGUGGUGGCCAGGACCGCAGUCUCUGGGGCUGGAGUAUGCGACGUGACGGCCAGAGCACCGAGCUCAGCCAAGGAAACAUCCGCAAGAUGGCCAAGAAGACGGGCAUUCUGUCCACCAAGGCUCUCGCGCGCGGCCCUACGACGACUCUGGAAGACCUGAAGGCCCCCGAGAUCACGUGCAUUGCCAGCUCCCUGAACCGCGACGGCGGCAUCGGCGCCAUACCCGGCAACCACCCCAUCUGGCAGAAGCACGGCAACACCAAGAAGCAGCUGGACGCCGAGGUCAGCGGGUCGACGGGCUGGGAGAGCGUCGUGACAGCACACAAGAACGACGCGUACGCCCGCACGUGGUUCUGGGGUCGGAAGAAGGCGGGUCGAUGGGCGUUCCCGACCGGCGACGGCUCCCACGUCUCGACGAUCGCCAUGAGCCCCUGCGGCACGUUCGCCCUCGUCGGCUCCGUCGAGGGCGGCCUCGACAUGUACAACCUGCAGUCCGGCCUCCACCGCCAGCGGUUCCCCUCCAAGCUCACUCCGGCACAGGCGAGGGCGAUGAAGAUGCAGCAGCUGAGGCAGGCCGACAACGUCGUGCAGCUGCACACGGAGAGGGACAGCCACUUCGCGCCGGGCACGGGCAGGCACACGAAGGCGAUCACGGGCAUCGUGGUGGACUCGAUGAACAAGAACGUCAUCACGUGCUCCCUGGACGGCAAGAUCAAGUUCUGGGACUUCCUCACGGGCAACCUCGUGCACCAGAUCAACUGGGCGCCGAUGACGGCGAUCACGGGCUGCAGAUACCACGCGGCCAACGACCUGAUGGCGUUUUCGUGCGACGACAACUCGAUCCGCGUCGUGGAUCUCGAGACGAAGAGGACGAUCAGAGAGUUCUGGGGUUGUCAGGGGGCCAUCAACGACUUCUGCUUCUCCAACGACGGCCGGUGGGUCAUCGCUGCGUCGCAGGACUGCGUCGUCAGGGUAUGGGACCUGCCGACGAGCCACCUCAUCGACGCCAUCCGGCUCGAGAAGGCGUGCACGGCGCUGGCCAUGUCGUCGACCGGCGAGUACCUGGCGGCGACGAUGGAGAACGAGCUCGGCGUGGCCAUCUGGACCAACAAGUCCCUCUUCACGCACGUGCCAACGCGACAGGUGUCGGACAAGGAGGCGGCGCUGCUCACGGGCCCGACAACGUCGGGCGAAGGCGGCGAGGGCAUGCUCGAGGCGGCCUUCAACGAGGACGAGGCGGACGGCGAGGACGAGACGGUGGUGGCGCCGACGGUGGACCAGCUCAGCGCGGAGCUGACGACGCUGUCGCUGGUCCCCAAGAGCCGUUGGCAGACGCUCCUCCACCUGGACCUCAUCAAGCAGCGCAACAAGCCGACAGAGGCGCCCAAGGCCCCGGAGAAGGCGCCCUUUUUCCUGCCGUCGGUCGGUUCCGGCAAGCAGCCGCAGCAGUCGAGCCUGAGCCUGCUCGAGGGCACAGCGGCGGCGGCGACCGAGGCCGAAGCCGCCACCUCGGAGUCCAAGUCCCGCAUCACGAAGCUCGAACGCGGCCGGAUGCAGGAGGCGUUCACCAGCAAGCUCAACGACGGUGCCAUCUCGGGAGACUUCGACGACUUCAUCAACCACCUCAAGUCCCUCUCCCCCUCGACGGCGGACCUCGAGCUCCGGUCCCUCUCGCCCGAGGAUGACGGGCUCCUGCGGUUCGUCCGGGCGCUGACGAGCCGGCUCGCCUCGCGACGCGACUACGAGCUCGUGCAGGCGUGGAUGACGGUGUUCCUCCGGCUGCACUUCGACCUCGUCAUGGGAGACGCGCAGCUGCUCGAGGCGCUGGGCGAGUGGAAGACGCUGCAGGAGCGCGAGGCCGGGCGGCUCGACGACCUGGUGGGCUACUGCAGCGGUGUCGUCGGCUUCCUGCGGAGUCCCAGGACGUGA